AUGCAACUCAGAAAUAUGGAAGAAGUCGCUCAGCGACUUGAGCAUCUGAAAGCCAGACUUAUAAAAGUGUGCGAGAUCAGUGGGAUACCCGGAUGUUCCAUCGGAGUCAUUCAUCAUGGUGAAACGGUUUGGAAGGCGAACCUCGGAUAUCGUGACGUCGAGCGACAACUGAGCCCUCAGUCGGACACCAUGUUCAACCUUGACUCAUGUACCAAGGCAAUAACAGCUGCAGGCCUUGGUUGCCUGGUGGCGGAUGGAAAAGUGCAAUGGACCACACCGGUCCGAGACAUACUGCCUGAAUUUGGUGCCUUGGGAGACAUCAUCGACAGCCUGAUCACGCCUCUUGAUUUGUUGUCCAUGCGUUCUGGCCACACUAUGCUCGACUCCCUGUCGUGGCAGGGCAACAAUCAUAUCUUCUUCGACAAGGCAGACACGGUGACACUCUGGAAUGCCACCCCGCGACUGGGCAGCUUCCGCAGCUCUUACAUCUACAACAAUUGGGGAUAUGCCAUCAUUGGGAUAGUCAUUGAGACUCUGAGCGGGAAGAAGCUCCAUGACUUCCUCAAGGAGAAAUUCUUUGAUCCAUUACAUCUGAGUCGCACCAAGAUGACGGACUUCACACCAGACGACAACAGUUCGCUCUGCUAUGCAGUCCUUGACGACAUGACUCCAGUAACUAUCCCAGCACCUGCCAUAGGGAACAAUGUCUUCAUGGAGGGCGCAUCUGGGCUCUUGUCCACCAUUGAUGACCUCAUGGUACUCUACAGCAGUUUCGUGACGGCCAUCAAUGACCAGCUUGCACGACAGUCGAAUUCGACGAAGGACAAUCCUUUCAAAGAAUGUGGGACUCUGAUCAAGGGCCACAGCUUCCUGGAGAACAGCAUGGUCCUUAGAGAGCAGUCAUAUGGCUGUGGCUGGAUCCGAUGUGAGUUACCGGGACCUCUGGGGAUGAUUAGCAUGAAUCCGACCCUGGUUUCGAUGCCCGAGGCCGCCAAAGGGUCGCCUUCCCAUCUAUGCAUUUAUCACCAAGGUCUGAUGCCAGGUUCCUCUGCUAAUGUCGCCUUGCUGCCCGAGACAGAGACCGUGGUUGCAGUCCUGGCAAACUCCUCGCCACUCGGUGAUGGAGCGGACUGGCUUUCUCAGAUGAUCCUAGAAGAGGUAUUAGAAUCCCCGGUGAGGCAUAACUAUGAGGAUCUGGCGCGGCAAGCCGCUUCCAAGGUUUUCGAUCACAUACCUUCGAUGCAUCGCACGCAGGAGAGCAGCCGCAAACUUGGAACAAAGCCUUCGCUAGGCCUCAAGGACUAUGCCGGGAGAUAUCUCCACAAUACCACGGGCUUCUGGAUCGAGAUCAAGGCGCAAGGCGAGGCUCUAUCUAUUGCAUUCAUGGGCCUCGGGAUCGAGACAUAUGAGCUCCGACACUACGAACAUGACACUUUCUCGUGGCUCAUGUCUUACAACGACGCAGCGCGGCGAGGACGCUUCGUGCAUUACUACAACUCCGAACAUUUCCUGAUUCGGUUCGAGGGCGUUGACAGAGGAAUUGACAGAUUCUACUGGCAUGCUUCACGAGAUACUGGGCCCGAACCAUACCUCUUUCUGAAAGCCCAAGUCUGA